UCUAUUAACUCGGUUGGCAACGCUGUCGGCGCGAGAAAAGCUGACAGACCACUUUCCGCCUCGUUUUAGUGUGCGGUGAGCUGCAGGAGCCGCGAGAUGAAGGCGCUGACUUUUCUGCUCGUUUUCCUGCUCUCUUGCCACGCAUUUGCCGGGAGACGUGCCAAACGCUCCACAAUCCCACUAUUUAAAAACACGAGUGAUAACAAACUGAGCCACAACGAGUGCGGCCUGGUGCACGAAAACGAUGACCGCGCGUGGCUGGCCAAGAUCGAGAUCGCCGACGACAUCAUCAGCAAACACUGCUUCGGCAGCGUCGUUUCCAACAGAUACAUCGUCACCUCUGCAAUUUGCGUGGAAAGCGCCGACCUUAGCAACAUCCGAGUCUCGUUCGCGAAAACAAACUACCAGGAGUUCGUCACACCGACGGACAAGGUGGUGCACGAAGACUUCCGUCUGGACGACUUCAGGGCGAACCUUGCCAUUCUCAGGUUCGCCAAAGACCUGCUGAAGAAUGGUGUGCUGCCCAUUUGCCUGUGGAAUAAAGCCAUCGAAAAGGAGGGAUCGACCAUCACGGAAAAUGCCGGAAUUGCCACCCUUGUGGGAAAGGAUGUUUCAUCGGACGACAUUGUGGUCGGAAAAUUCAAAAUUCAACCGGCGUCCGCGUGCAAGGCGAAAGUCAGACUGCCUUUUCAGGCGUAUUUCGAGAACUCCAAUAUUUGUCUUCUCUACGAAGAUGGUUUGAGCAGCUGUCUGAGAGGAUUCGGGGCGCCGAUACAGUUCAAGAUCGGCGAGCGGUGGUUCCUCAGAGGCCUGUACAACGUGGCGCUGAAGAAGGUGGCUGGAGAGGUGCCGGCGGAGCGGUCGGGCAGGCAGCAGCAGUGCCGCAAGUACCAAGUGAUCAGCGUGACAGACGCGGCCCGCUAUGUCGACUUCCUCACCAAGAACACAGACAUCUCCUUGCAAAGCUCCGUCGCCACUUCCAUUUUGGAGUCUAAAAAUUUCCGGAGCUAUCUAAAUUGCGGCGUGCGGAGCAAAGACCUGGGAACGAAGCUUGCGUUCGGCGGCGUGGACGCCACCCUGCGCGAGUUUCCCUGGUCGGCGGCCCUCUUUAAGGUCUACUACACGCAGCUCAAGUACUCGUGCGUCGGCUCCCUCAUCUCCAAGAAAUUCAUCCUCACCGCGGCGCACUGCGUCGACGAGAAGGGCAGCACGGCCGAGGCGGGCAGUCUGGUCGUCGCCCUGGGAAAGGAGCUGCUCAACUCGGGCUGGACCAAGGAUGAUGGCGUCUCCAUACACUCGGUGAGGAGCGUGAUUAAACACGAAGAGUACGACCACAACUUGGUGAAAAAUGACAUUGCGUUGCUGCAGCUGACGAGGAGCGUCGAGACCACCAUCACCGUGUCGCCUCUCUGCUUGUGGUACAAGUCCAGCAGUUUCGAACUCCUGAACAACGUCAACGGCACCAUCGCUGGCUGGGGCCUAAUCCAGGACUACAAUUUGGCGGACCAGCUGCAGAGGCUGGACUUGCCGAUCUUGAAUCCGAAUCAGUGCAAGCUGAUCGAGGGCAAGGAGACCUUCUACAGCACCAAAAUGCGCGCCUCGCCCAAGUUCUGCGCCGGAUAUGUUAACAAGAACAAGAGUCCUUGCAACGGUGACAGCGGCGCGGCGCUGGUCGUGGAGGAGAAUGGCGUUUUUUACGCGCGCGGCAUCGUCAGCGAGACCGUGGCCAGGAAUAUCGACGGCGGCAAGUUCUGCAACACCGACUACCCGGCCAUCUUCACCGACGUCGCCGCCUACAGACGCUGGAUCAUCGAACACACCGACGACGAACUCAAAUACUCCUACAUCCCGUGAAACAAACAAAAAUCAUGUUUACACUGUUAGAAUAAUAAAAACACUACUGCGGCUCGUAAACAAACAAAAACAACUGUUAUAUUGGAUAUAUUUAAAUAAAAAUAAUAUUUUAACAGCUGACCAUUGGAGGCCUGGGAGGCCAAAAUGCCAAAACUUUAGCUGCUAAUAAUAAUGGUAGAAUGCAAUGAGUUUUCUCUGCUGGGUUUUACUUUUAAUAACCAAUUUGGUAAAAAAAUCCACAAAAUGUACAGCCAAUUAUUUUUUAACUCUUUUAAUGCAUGUUAUUGAUCUUAAUUUUCUCUAUUACUUUUUAAAAUUACAGUUUAGCAAUUAUAUUUAAUGAUUUUAUCAUACAUUUUCCUAUUCUAAAUAUUAAUUUGUAAAUUAUUAAAUUAUUUUAAAUUAAAAGGUUUAUAAGUGUUGAAAUAAAAGUUUGAUUUAAA